CGUCAGCAACAGCUUUACUUUGACAGUCUGUAUUGCAACACGGUGUUUCUGUCUGUGUGUGUUUUCGAUGAAACCAUAAAACAGACUAUCAACUUGUGUACGGACCCUUGAUCGGCUGAUCUUUGAAGCAACGGUCAUUUUGAGUGACGUCAUGCUCCGGAGGCUCGCGGCGUCCCGGCUGCACGCUGCGGCGGCGGUGCGAUGCGUCUCCUCGGGCUCAGUGGACAUCAAGGUCCCGCUCAACUUCUGGGCUGGAAAGAGACAGACGAGUUUGGAGAAACGUAACAGGGAAAAGGUUUACGAACCUGCAACAGGGCGAGUGCUGUGCCAUUUGGAGCCUUGUUAUGCUGUGGAGGUAGACCAGGCCGUGAAGGCUGCCAAGUCGGCGUUCGGACAUUGGAGCAAAAUGUCUGGGAUGGAGAGGGCGAGGAUCAUGAUAGAGGCUGCCCGUAUCAUUGAGAGCAGGAGAGAGGAGAUAGCUGAAAUGGAGGUGGUCAACAAUGGGAAGUCCAUCACAGAGGCCCGUCUGGAUGUGGACUCUGCCCGACUGUGUAUUGAGUACUAUGCAGCCCUGGCUAGCACUCUCGCAGGCCAGCAUGUCCAGUUGCCUGGGGGGUCCUUCGCCUACACACGCAGGGAGCCUCUGGGAGUAUGUGUCGGCAUCGGUGCUUGGAAUUAUCCGUUCCAGAUAGCUUCCUGGAAAUCCGCCCCAGCCCUGGCCUGUGGAAACUCCAUGGUGUUCAAGCCGUCUCCGGUGACGCCCGUGACAGCGGUCAUGCUGGCAGAGAUCUAUGCCGAGGCCGGAGCUCCGGAGGGGCUGCUCAACGUGGUGCAGGGCGGCCAGGAGACGGGCAGCUUACUCUGCCACCACCCAGACGUCGCCAAGGUGUCGUUCACCGGGAGUGUGUCCACAGGCAAGAAGAUUAUGGCGAUGGCAUCCAAGGGGGUGAAGCCUGUGACUCUGGAGCUCGGGGGGAAAUCUCCUCUGCUCAUCUUUCAGGACAGCGAUCUGGAGAACGCUGUGAGGGGAGCUCUGAUGGCCAACUUCCUGUCUCAAGGCCAGGUCUGCAGCAAUGGCACAAGGGUCUUUGUUCAGAAGGAUAUUCUGCCAGAGUUUGUGGAGGAGGUGGUGAAGAGGACACGGGCGAUCCAGAUAGGAGACCCACUCUUGGAGAGCACACGAAUGGGAGCACUGGUCAACCAGCAACACCUGGAAAAAGUCUUAUCCUUUGUUGAUCAGGCAAAAGAAGAGGGCGCGACGGUGUUGUGCGGGGGGGAAGCUUUUGUACCAUCAGACCCCAAACUCAGAGGAGGAUACUACAUGACUCCAUGUGUAUUGGGUGACUGCACAGAUGAGAUGACCUGUGUGAAGGAGGAGAUCUUCGGUCCCGUCAUGUCUGUGCUGUCCUUUGAAACCGAAGAGGAGGUGCUGCUGAGAGCCAAUGACACCACCAUGGGUCUGGCUGCAGGGGUUUUCACCAGGGAUGUGAAGCGAGCCCAUCGUGUGGUGGAACACCUCGAGGCGGGUUUCUGUUUCAUCAACAAUUACAACAUCACUCCAGUGGAGGUGCCCUUCGGAGGGUUCAAAAUGUCAGGCAUUGGGCGCGAGAACGGCCAGGUGACAGUUGAGUACUACUCCCAGCUGAAGACGGUGUUUGUGGAGAUGGGAGAUGUGGACAGCCUCUUCUAGGACACGCGCCUCGGGACGACGACGGGGCUGCGACAGUGAGCCGGAGACUGAAACGGACGGCCUGGACCAGAACACUUCAGGGACGGAGCACCAAGCGUUAGUGAUGAGGAGGCUGUCUGGAAAAUAUGUAUCUGAAUGUGAAAUAGAUGUAAUACUGAAGCAGUCUGACGCUACUAGCAAUGUAGAAUAGCAGGGAUGUACAAUUUUAAUCGUAAAAUGUUUUUUAAAAGUUAUGUGUCAAAUAGAUGAAAUUAAAGAUUGAUCCAUAUUUGCUUGAUUGAUUUCAGCUCCUACAGAAUAGAUCCGAGUCAUCGAAUGUGAUGUCUGUUUUCUCACUUGAUUUUUUUUGUAACCCAUUUGAACAAAAGACUAGAGUUGUCCUAUAUUUCUCGAACGAUAUACAUGAAUAUAUUUUUCUUCACACAAAAUACAAAAACAAUCAGCACCUUGAAUGAUGUAUUGAUUUAAUUCAUCGACAUUGUACAAUUCAUUUAUGCUUUUUCUACAAUUGUUUGAAUUAGAACUUGACUAACAUCUGGUGGGUCAAGAUAACUGAAGGAACGGUCUUAACACAUUUUCAUGUCAGAUAAACUGUAUAGUAACAAAACUGUGUUUAACACUUCAAUAAAAUGAAGAAAUAAUCAA